AUGGGAAUCUUAACCAGCACCCUGCCACCCAUUCUGCGGGUUUUGCUCAUGUCCACCCUGGGGGCUCUGGGUGCCAACCCCGGCCUGGUCGCCAGGAUCACUAACAAGGGCCUGGAGUAUGCGGCCAAGGAGGGGCUGCUGGCUCUUCAGAGGGAACUGUACAAGAUCACACUACCGGACUUAACCGGGGACUUCAAGAUCAAACAUGUCGGCCGAGGACACUAUGACUUCAACAGCUUGGAGAUCCACAGCUGUGAGCUGCUCAGCUCGGCUCUGAAGCCCCUCCCCAGCCAGGGCCUGAGUUUCACCAUCGCUGACUCCUUCAUCCAGGUCCAGGGCAGGUGGAAGGUGCGCAAAUCUUUCCUGAAGCUUCAGGGCUCCUUUGACCUGCGUGUCAAGGGCAUCACCAUUUCUGUUGACCUCCUGUUGGGCAACGAGCCCUCGGGGAGGCCCACGGCCACUGCCUCCAGCUGCAGCAGCCACAUUCGUGAUGUAGAGGUGGAUAUUUCUGGACAUGUGGGGUGGCUGCUCAAUCUCUUCCACAACCAGAUCGAGUCCAAGUUCCGAAGAGAGCUGGAGAGCAAGACCUGUGAAAUGAUCCAAGACUCAGUGACCUCUGACCUCCAGCCUUACCUCCAGACCCUGCCAGUCACAGCCAAGAUAGACAAUGUCUUGGACAUCGAUUACAGCCUAGUGGAGGCCCCUCGGGUCACAGCCCAGAUGCUGGAGGUGAUGUUUAAGGGUGAAAUUUUCAAUCCUAAUCACCGCUCCCCGGAGGACUUUCUUGCUCCCGCCAUGAGCCUCCCUGAGGACCAUGAGCAAAUGGUCUACUUUGCCAUCUCGGGCUACGUCUUCAACAUGGCCAGCUUGGUUUACCACCAGGAAGGGCAACUGAACUUCUCCAUCACAGACGACAUGGUUCCAGCAGACUCCAACAUCCGACUGACUACCAAGUCUUUCCGAGCCUUCGCACCCCGGAUAGCCAGGUUGUACCCCAACAUGAACUUGGAGCUCCAGGGAGCUGUGGUCUCCGCCCCACUCCUGAACUUCAGCCCUGGGAACCUGUCCUUGGUGCUCCAGAUGGAGACUGAGGGCUUUGUGCUGCUGCCCAACUCUGCCCGAGAGCCUGUCUUCCGACUUGGUGUGAGCACUAAUGUAUCCAUCACCUUGACCUUCAACACCAGCAAGAUCACUGGGUUCCUGAAUCCAAGAAAGGUACAAGUGGAGCUGAAAGAAUCCAAAGUGGGACAAUUCAAUGUGGAGCUGUUGGAGGCGCUCCUCAACUACUACAUUGUCAACACGCUCUACCCUGAGGUCAACGAUAAGUUGGCCAAAGGAUUCCCCCUCCCUCUGCUAAAGCAUAUUCAGCUCUAUGACCUUGUUCUACAGAUCCACAAGGACUUCCUGUUCUUGGGUGCCAAUGUCCAGUACAUGAGAGUCUGAGAACCAGAGAACAAUGGGUCUUGGAGGCCAUGGUGAAUCUCCCACGUGCAUCACUGGGAUGUGGUACAUCUCUGGAGAGUCUCAGAGGAUAAGGACAUUUCUGUUCUCAGCUCCAAGGGAUCUGCCAGGCGCAUCCACGCCCUUCCACACCUGACCCUGGAGUUCAUUUUCCCUCCAAGAUGGACCAUUUCCCCACUGACCUGUGAUGUCUUUUAAGAUCAGGCACUGUAGUUUUUAUUCACCAUCUGAUACCCAGGUCUGGCACUUAGUAGGUCAUCAAUAAAUAUUUAUGGAAUGACUUGAUGGUGGAAUCACUGGGUUCUAGCUGUGAACUGUUCACUCCCUUCUGGACUCAAGAGUCUCUGGCUGGUUGUCCCCAACUGUGACCUCCAAGGUAAGACCCUGAUGACACUUCCCUUCUCACUGUCCUCUGCUAGAGAGGCCUCAAAGAGAGAGCCAGGGCCUGAGUGCUGUGCCUUGGUGCUGACGUCUGUCACUAAGGCCUUCAUCUGUCUCCAUUAAGGGUCAGUUCCACAUCUGCCAUCUCUUGCUCCUUGCUGGCUGCAGGCCCAGGAGCGAAUAGCAGAACUUCAGCCUCCUGCUGCCUCCCCAGUGAGGCUGGCGUAGUGAGGGGGAAUGGAUCCAACCAGGGUCUGAUCUGACCCAAAUAAAAAGCACAUCCAACUGUUGUUUAUGAGCUCCAAGCCUGGAGGGGGAGGCCAUGAUUUCUAAUUACUGAACAACAAGUCUUUGAUCAGACUUAAUAAUUAAGAGUCAUUUCCAAGUUAUGUGGUUAGGCCCCAGUGCUGGAAGUCAGAAGGCUCAUUUGAUUGUUUUUUAUUGCCCUAACGAGCAGAUGGAUGGAGUUGAUAGCUAACAGAGAGUUCAUAGGGAACAGACCCACUUACCAUGUGUGAAACAGAGAUGGGGUCCAAGAUGGGAACCGCGUGCUAUUAUCCAGCUGCGACAGAGUAAGUCUCAGCUUUACCUCCUUUCUCCUCUUUAUUUGUUUGCCACAAUCCUCCAUCCCUGUGGAAGACUGGCAAAGGAUUCAGGCUUCAUUUGUGUCACUUCCUCCCUCAGGUCCUUACCUGUAAGAUAAAGAGGAUAGUAAUGGUGACCACUUCCUAGGGCUGUUGUAAAGACAACACUGGGCCAUUAUGGGGCUCAGUGUGCACGGCAAGGGGUGCUCAAUGAGCACCAGUCUGCCAGGCAUUGGGAGAAACAGACAGCACAGACUCAGCUCUGUGGAGUCCCUGCUUCUGAGAACAUUGUCUUGGACAGGGUGGGAGCAGCUGGCCUUGGUUGCAGCUCACCCGCUCUGGGCCCCUGGACAAAGGUGCUCUGAGCCUCAGGGUCCUCACCCAUCAAGAGAGACUGGAAUAGCUCAUUCCCUGGCAGGGUGAUGAGAGACUAAGUGGUUCUUGUCUAACUUCUGUGAGUGCCUGGGGCAUAAACAAGUCCUGUAAAUGGCAGAUGUGAUUGCUACCUGUUAUGGUUGGAGUGUGGGCGAGACACUGACCAGGGUCCUACCAUAGGGCAGGAGCCCAGCAGCUCAGCAUCCUAGAUGUGCAAUAAAAAAGUGGCGAGUUGUUCUUUGCAUGGUUUUGUUUGUGCCAAACUGGGUUUUGAAUUCAGGCACUGAAGUUUGAGCCACACAUCCCCUAGCCCUGCAUGUUUUGUUUGUUGUUUUUUUAAAUAAAACUCAGGCUAGUUUGCAAGCAAGAUUGCAUUUCAAGCCAGGUGCCAGUGGCUC